AUGUUUUUGAGAUCUCUUAUUCUAUUUGAUUGCCCUCCUCCUCGAAGCAAAGCGUGUGUCAUACCUUCUCAGUACAUAUCUUCAAAUGGCUCUGCGGAUGAUUCUCCAGCUGUUGCGGCAGCAUUCGCAAAAUGCUCAAGAGAUUCGGUCAUAGUCUUCAGUGAGAGGGUUGACUAUAACAUUUUUACUCCAAUAUCAGCUGGGAACCUCUCAAAUGUCGCAAUAUUGAUGCAUGGUAAUCUACACUUGCCACAAGAUGUCGUUGCUGUUCAGAACCUUGUCAAUGCCUCCAACGCUCUUACCUAUUCGUCUGCGCUCUAUUGGUUCACGUUUGCCGGACCGAACAUAGAUUAUGUCGGUACAUCCAACGUCUCGACGAGUUGGAUUAAUUCCUAUGGUCAAGCUUGGUGGGAUGCGAACUCAGUAAAUGGUACCGGAAUCGCCAAUCGUCCUCAUCUUCUCUCCUUCAACACGACCAAUGGGUCCAUGUCUUAUUUCAAGUCCCGGAAACCCAUCGGAUGGAACGUUCAAUUGAUCGGAAGUAACAUAACCAUCACCGACACCAUCAUCGACGCAUAUUCUACAAGCGGCAGUUUCCCCUUCAAUACGGACGGAUUCGACGUUACUGGAACAGACAUCAAGAUCCUCAAUAGUGUCAUAUUCAAUGGUGAUGAUGCCAUUGCCGUACAAUCCGGGUCCCACAAUGUCCUGUUCCGAGGCGGGACAAUUGGGUACCAAAGUCAUGGGAUGUCAAUUGGUUCACUGGGACAGAAUCAAGCAUCCUUCGCCAAUGUCUCAAACAUUCACUUUGACGACAUAACUGUUGUGAAUGCAGUAUACGCAGCUAGGUUCAAAUCUUGGGUCGGAGGCCAAGGACUGGCCAAGAACAUAACUUGGUCUAAUAUGCGGGUUUAUAACGUCACGUACCCCGUCUUCGUUACCCAGACGUAUAUAAAUCAAGGCAGUACACAGACGCAGCUCGAAAGUGGUGCCGUCAGUGAAAGGCCUAAUAACUCGUCUGUAGUUAUGCAAGAUUUCACCUGGGCGAAUUUCACUGGAACGAUCAAUACGUUUUCUCCUGGAGACGGAAGUUGCGUUACUGACCCGUGCUGGUAUAAUGUCGGAUUGGUCGAGGAGGUUCCUGGGCUGCAUACAGAAGCUGUGGUGAUUGAGUGCAACACAAAUACCUCGUGCCAAAACUUUGCUUUGGAGAACAUACAGGUUAUACCACAAGAUUUGAGCCAACCAACAGUUGUAUGCUUGAAUGCGACACAGGAAUUAAAUCCAAGACUGGGAUUCUCCUGUCAAAACGGAACGUUCGUACCUUCCUAA